GAUUUAGCAUCGACACGAUGGUUCAAAGCAAAAGGGUCUACAUGCAGCACUCGCUCGCUUCCCUCCGCCUCGAAUGGUCACGCCACCCAGACCCUGCAGCAGCAGUUAAUCGUCACGCCCCCAUCCUUCCCCAGCAAACACAACACAAGCAGACGGGGAGAGAUUCAGAUCCACUCGUCACACAUCCGCGUUACCCCCUCUCCCUUGGUUUCCUCUCCCACCACCAACCCCCAUCCCGGUUAUCUCCGCCGCCGCCCGCUUUGGGAAGGCGCGACGAAGGCAGGCGAGAGGCUCCAGCCGGACGAGGAGGAAAGAGGAGCAGCAGGGCCGGAGGAGAGAUGUUCCUGUGGGACUGGUUCUACGGGGUGCUGGCCUCCCUCGGCCUGUGGCAGAAGGAGGCGAAGAUCCUCUUCCUCGGCCUCGACAACGCCGGCAAGACCACGCUGCUCCACAUGCUCAAGGACGAGCGGUUGGUGCAGCACCAGCCGACGCAGCACCCGACGUCGGAGGAGCUCAGCAUCGGCAAGAUCAAGUUCAAGGCCUUCGACCUCGGCGGCCACCAGAUCGCGCGCCGCGUCUGGAAGGAUUACUACGCAAAGGUUGAUGCUGUAGUAUACCUGGUAGAUGCGUAUGAUAAGGAGCGAUUUGCUGAAUCAAAAAAGGAGCUGGACGCUCUCCUGUCAGAUGAUUCCUUGGCAAAUGUUCCAUUUCUCAUCCUUGGCAACAAGAUUGAUAUCCCGUAUGCUGCCUCUGAAGAGGAGCUGCGGUAUCACCUAGGCCUUAGCAACUUCACAACCGGGAAGGGCAAGGUCAACCUUGGCGACUCCAAUGUCCGGCCACUUGAGGUUUUCAUGUGCAGUGUUGUUCGCAAGAUGGGCUACGGCGAUGGUUUCAAGUGGGUCUCCCAAUACAUCAAGUAGGGCCCUUGCCGGGGCGCUUGCUCAGCCCAGCGAUUUUUUUGCCUUGUUAUUUGUUCUGGUUGGUAUUUCGUCACGUGAACGAUGAUCAUCAUAUCAUGACAGUAUCAUGGAGGGGUAUGAAGAGGAAAAAACAGUGCUUAACAUUGGGGAACAUGUUGAAUCUUUAGCGUGAAAACAUUUUGUUAUGUCAGUCAAACUCCUGGAAUUCUUUUGCUUUUCCGUAGGACCUUUACUAAGGACUUGCCUGCGAUGCAUUAUAAGAUUAUUGAUUGCUUAAAUUAUGUGUUAUAAUAUGGUGGUGGAUUGGUACUGAGUAUCGGUGGUUGCGUUAUCAAUGCAUGUAUUCAUUUGUUUGCUU